CAUCUUUGGUACUUACAGGUUUAAAAUAUUAAAACAGACCCGUGUAGUUGCUGGGAAAAGUUGGAAAUCCUGGUGUACAUGUAGUAACUUCAGACUAUCUUACACAUAGUCACACUUGUCAGAGGAGCAUUUGGAAGUUCGAUAUUAAAAACCUUUCAUCAAUCAACUGACCACAUAGACCUGAAAUUUCCAAUCCGUCCUUUUGCUUCCUCGCAAGAUGAAAAUAUGGACUUCAGAGCAUGUCUUCAAUCAUCCAUGGGAGACAGUUGCCCAAGCAGCAUGGAGGAAGUAUCCCAACCCCAUGAAUCCUGCUGUAAUAGGCAUUGAUGUUCUGGACAGGAAGGUGGACAAUGGAGUUUUGUGCUCCCAUCGACUACUUAGUUCCAGUUGGGGCUUCCCAUUUUGGGCCCAAAAUAUUGUGGGUGCAGAAGAUGUAUGUUAUGCUAGUGAGCUAUCUAAAGUGGACCCUCGGAAGAAGAUAUUCUGCUUGAAGACACACAAUGUUUGUUCAAUUCUUACUUUCAUGAAGAACCUUGCAGUGGAUGAAUCCCUUGUAUAUUGCCCACACCCAGAAGACUCAGGGAAGACUCUCCUAAAGCAAGAAGCUGUUGUAACUGUCAAAGGUGUCCCUCUCACCAGUUACCUUGAGAGCAUCCUUACUGGCAUUAUUUCUUCAAAUGCAAACAAAGGUCGUCAAGCCAUGGAAUGGGUCAUAGGGCACAUCAACAGUGAAGUUCAAGAGUUGACUCAUUGUGCUGAUGAUUGGAUCAGCAAGCAGCGCUUAUCAAUUGAUGCCGCCUUCAGGGACUAUGCUUCUCCUAUCAACAACCAAAAAGUCUGACAUUCAGACAUAUUUUAGGAAAAAUAGUAUCUUUCACACUCUCUGGUGUCUCAAGAUGGUCUUUUCAAGAAAGCAGGCUUCAUUGCAGAAAACAAGUUACAAACCGUGCCCUUCAUUUGCCAUGAAGAUCUCGUCUGUGGUACCUUGAUUGAAUUUCUAGUGGUUGACUUUUGCUGUAAUCAGAUGUGAACCAAUAAAAAUACAGUUACUAUUUCAAGAGGA